AUGCUGCCGUGCAGGGGCGGGUGGGCGGGGCGAGGGGCCGCGGCGCGCGGCGUGGGCCGGGCCGGGGCAGAGCGAGAAGUUGGCGGCGGCGGCGGCGGCGGGGGGAGCGCGGGGCUGCGGGAGCGCAGGUGGGCCCCGCCGCCCCCCCGUCACCCUCCAGGAGCAGGUGAGCCACUGACUAACGCACAUUGUGCUCUCGGCGACUCCACUGUGCGUGUGACAGCGGCUAACCUGCUCCUCGGACAUCGCUGGGCGGCCGCCUCGCCUCGCCUCCGGGGACCCGCGCCUCGCCGCCACGACGCGUGCCCUCCCCGCCUGCCAGAAGUAGCCCUGCCUUUGGGACUGUGCUGCCCGAUGACUAACCGCUGGAGAUGCCACUGGCAGAAGCAGCUCUGCAGGUCACCCGGUGAGACUUGUCCCAGUUCCCAUGAGCAGCACCAUGGUAUGAAUGCUUCCGACUUCCCGCUACCUAUGGAACCAUCCUGUCCAGCUCCAGUAAGCAAAGGCAAGGGGUUGAAGUGAAGUUUGUUUGUUUUUGCCUUUUUUUUUUGUGUCUCUCUCCAGUAAGCAGGGUGGGAGCAUACAGCUCAAUUCCUGUUUUUAACAUUCUUGUGGCAUGAUUCAAAACUAACCUGCUGUGCUGUCACCUGAAGUAUUCAAUAAAUAGUGCAAAACCAG